UCCCCACAUAGUGACACCAGCCACCUCCACAUCCUCCACAUGUUGACUUCCUGCAGCAAAACACCACAGACCUGCAGAAAGAUUGAAACUGCAGAGCAGUUAUUGGCAAAAGCCCCCCCCCAACAGUAACUGUGAAAGUAGAACUACAACAAAAAAAGUCCCCUGUACCAAACUUACUGUGCAAACUACACCGUAUUGGUGCUAAAGUGGAUUCUGUUUCCAUUACAGAGAUAAAUAAAGAUUGUAAAGCAGCAGUGGGUAGAAAUGGAGCAAAUACAAGUUAUUUUUAUAAAACGGUCGCUUAUUUUUGCCCAAUGACACCAUAAAUACACUGCCUACUGAAACUUUAAAAUCCACUCAUACACUGCAACAACAUCCCCUAGUUUACAGUAGAUUAAAGGUUCUUUAGAUAUCUAUGAUCAUUGCUAUUAAAGCUACUACAAUUGCACAUCGAUUCCUUUUUGAUUGAUCGAACUGUCACUUUGAUUUUAAAGUUUUGCAAUGUGAAAUGAGAACCAUAGAGGUACUGAGGCAGCACUUGCACAAGAGGGUUGAAAGUCACUUAUUACAAGCAAGCGACACCAUCGUGCACGUGGAGGGUUAGAAAACAAACCGUAAUCGCUGAGAGCUUAUGGGGACUGCUGAUUAGCUCUAUAUACUCUACUCUACUCUACUCUACUUACUAUUUUACAAACAGUUUACACCUCUGUGUAUAUAUAUUUAUGUAUUACUUUUCUAUACAUAUAUAUUCCUGUUUACACCUCCGUAUAUAUGUAUUACUUCUCAUCAUGCAUAUACAUCCUUUUUACAGCUCCCUUAUCCAUUUGAAAUACUGCUAAUUUAACUUCACUACUUUAUGCUUUUGAUUCUCAUUUUGCCUUUACUUGUGUGAUUUUCCUUUUUUAUAUAUAUAAACAUUUUUAAUGAGCAUUGUUGGAGAGUACCUGAGACCCAGGACUUUCAUUGCCAACGACUGCUUGCUGUACUUGUUGUGCAUACGACAAAUAAACAAACUGGAAACUUGGAAAUCAAGAUAUAAGUUGUUUUUGACCACUGACUUCCUGGAGUCUGGUGUUUGCUAGGCAACGGGUCCCAACCAAGAAAUAGUCCAGUUAAACAAAAACAACUUUUUACACUUCAGUUUUGUACGUAUUAAACAAACAACAUAUAACAAGUUAAUCAGUGAGAUUUAGAGGACCUGUUAGGUGGAUUUAGUGACCUUUGGACAGAGCUAAGCUAGCUGUUUUCUCAUGUUUCCAGUCUUUGUGCUAAGUUAAAUUAACUCCAUAUUGAGUGUACACACACAUCAUCUAACUCUAUGCAAGAAAGCGAAUGGGCUUAUCUCCCAAAGUGUUUAAUUUUUCCUUUAAUAAUGUUUAUGUACAGCUCUGCAUUGGCUGUUAUUUUGAAAAUUCAAAACUAGUGCUUAAAACACUUGUGUAUUUACAGAUGCACCUGAUUAAACUGACUGUGUUGUGGCAGGAAGUUAGUACAGUGGCCUGUAAAAAUCUUGCAGAGUCUCUGCAGUUGAAUAAAUACAGCAGCAACACUGUCUGCAUCUUCAUCCAUCUCCCGCUCCCCCUCAUUUACAUGCAGUUAAUGGCAUCUGUAGCCAUCGCUGAGGGGCCCUCUCUUGUAAUCAUAACAGAUCAUGGAAAUAUGCUCCACCAAAUAUGAAACUGGUCCCUCUGCAGCCAAGAGAAUAUGGCAAAGACAUUUUGUCCCCGCAGCUCUUCAUUUUGAUGCAAAUGUGAGGCAGCCUCACAGGUUCGAAUGCGGGAGGGGGAAGGGGGACCAGGGGAAACGCAAUUGAGGGAUUUCUUUGUGAGGCCCGACGCAAAUCCCAAAUGUUUUCAGGGCUGAAAACAAAAACAGCAUGGGUGCAGCACCGGCCAGAUAGGCCCCUUCAAUAGAUGCACCUUCUGCCACACAAAAGCACUGAAUAUUUCUCUCCUCAUGCCGGUGAGGAUUUAUACUGACAACAGCAUCCAGUCACUUUUUCGGUGACUAUUUGAGUGAUGCAGGGAGUCGCCCUGAAGCGGCGCCCGGUGGGAGCUCUCUGGCUGGCUCCGCUGUCUGUAUGAAGCCAGCAUACACGGUGGCAUGUGGCUGGGAUUAGGAAAUUUCACUGUGGAUUAAAAUCUUUCCAACGCCUCCAUGGCCACUCGCUAAAAGAAAGAGAGUCUAAAGUUCCAGUGGAGAUCCAGUGAGCGCUCUGGGCCCAUGGUCUCACUUAGCAGCUCCAGGAUGUUCCCGGUGCUCCAGGGUCACAUCCCGCCAGCUGCACACCGAAGCCACAAAACUCGCUUGGUCACCAAAGACGGGCACUGCAACAUCGAGUUCGGCAACAUCGAAUACAGCAACCACUUUGCAUACAUGGUGGACUUCUGGACCACGUUUGUGGAGAUCCGCUGGCGUUUCGUUCUCCUCCUGUUUGUGGCUUCGUUCACAGGCAGCUGGUUCGUUUUCAGCCUGCUGUGGUACUGGAUCGCCAAGAACAACGGAGAUCUGACGGGGCAGAACCGCACAGACGGACACGUGCAGUGUAUAGACAAUGUUAACGGCCUCACAACGGCGUUCCUCUACUCCCUGGAGACCCAGACCACCAUUGGGUACGGUGGCAGGGCGCUGACUGGGCACUGUGGCGGCACCGUGGCUCUACUUAUCGUCCAAUCUCUAAUCGGUGUCUUCAUCAAUUGUUUCAUGUGUGGCGUCAUCUUGGCCAAGAUCUCCUUACCCAAAAAAAGGGCAAAGACUGUGACCUUCAGCGACACAGCCGUCGUCUGCUUGAAGAAAGGAAGUCUGUGUCUCCUGAUCAGAGUGGCAAACCUUCGAAAGACGUUAUUAAUCGGCAGCCAGAUCUACGGCAAGCUGCUCAGGACAACAAGCACAUCAGAUGGAGACACCAUCAUCCUGGACCAGGUGGACAUUGACUUUACGGUCGACGCCGGCAAGGAUAACUUGUUUUUUGUUUGCCCUUUAACCCUCUACCAUGUGAUCAACAGAUCGAGUCCGUUCUAUGAGCUGUCAGCGGACUCUCUUCCCCACCAGGACUUUGAGCUGGUGGUCUUUUUGGACGGGACGGCCGAGUCCACCAGCUCCUCCUGUCAGGUCCGAACCUCCUACAUCCCUCAGGAGAUCCAGUGGGGGUUCAGCUUCCUGCCCAUCAUCUCCCGCACCAAGACGGGAAAGUACCGCGUGGACUUCUCAAACUUUUCCAGAAGCGUCCGGGUGACCACGCCGCACUGCGUCCACUGCUUCGAGACAGACGCAGACCAGAUAAACCACAACAACCACAACAGCCAGAACCGAGAAAAUCACAACAACCAGCAGAAGUUGGGGAUCGACAACUUGGGGUUUCAGGUGAUCGACAUUCACGACUCUGUCGACAUCACCAAAAUGUGAGCCUAGUGAGUCAGGAUGUGGGAAAUAAAUUGUGAAAAGUCACUUCCUUUGAUGCAAAGUUUCACUGUUAGUCAGACGUUCUAGACGAGGAGUGAAUCGGUGCAGAAGUAUUUGCUUCCUCCAGUGAACAUUUUGAGUUAAUCGUUUUUUGCCUCAAACAGCAGAAACAUUCAGAGUGUGGAUAAAAACUCAGACAUGAGCGGGAGUUAAGCUCUUUGCUCAGCAGCUCAUUACAAUCAAAGCACCUUUGGGACUUGUGACUUUGUCUAGGUAAUGUGUGGAAGAGAGGGAAAAAAGAGGGAUUGAAGUUUUGACGCAUGUAAAAUGAAAGGGGUGAAAUACUGGAUGGCACAGUGGGUACUUCUCGAGGAGAUUAGGGCCUGAGCCUGUUAUAAUGAAAACACUGUGUGCUAUAAAGUCUGUGGAAGGAAAUCAAAAGUAGGACAGGCCUUUUGAGUUCUCUAAUUAUUCCUACUAAAAUACUAACUGUUUUUUGUGUCACAUCUUGUAUGCGUUGAUAAUUAGGAAACUGUGUGGACAUAGCUGCUAAAUGAGAUUAUUCUAACUGUGACCAGUCUACAUUUUGUACUUCUGUAACACUGAAACUUCUUCUCAGGGAAAAUAACAUCCUUGGCAGGAAUAAACCCGUUUUUC